AUGAGUGAUCAAUGCGACAUUAAGAAUGCAAAGGGAGCAGCUUCCUCACAGGGCGCUGCAACAGACUGUAGCAAGCCGAAAGACGAGCUCCCUAAGCUCACUCCUGCUGAGUUCCGGGUAUACAACCGUUUGGCCGAACACAUGGAUUACUUUCAUAAUCACUUUCGCCACAGCUGGAAUGAGCUCUACACAGCCUGCUGCGACAACAAACGUCCCUCUGGCGUCUCAAUCCGCCAAUUCCUAAACAUGGGCACACAAUUUCUCUCCCAGUUAAACAUGCAUCACAGCAUCGAAGAACAAAGCAUAUUCCCCGUCUUAGCGAAGAAAAUGCCCGAGUUCAAGAGGGAGGUUCAUCUACUCAAACAGCACAAGGAGAUUCAUAAGGGUAUGGACAGACUUGAGGCGUAUUUGAUGGAUUGUAGAUCGGGGGAGAAGGAGCUAAGGCUGGAUGAGAUGAAGAAGGUUAUGGAUUCGUUUGGCAAGGUAUUAUGGGAUCAUUUGAAUGAUGAGGUGAGGACGUUGGGGGCGGAGAACAUGAGAAAGUAUUGGACGCAGGAGGAGAUGAGGCGGUUGCCUAUGUGA